GAACAGAGUGCCCUGCUCUCAGCGAGGUGGAUUCUUUACCAGCUGAGCCACCAGGGAAGCCCAAUCUGUAAGGCUGGUCACAGCUUUUCUUCCAAGGAGCAAGCGUCUUUUAAUUUCAUGGCUGCCAUCACCAUCUGCAGUGAUUUUGGAGCCCAAGAAAAUAAAGUCUGUCACUGCACAGCAGGAUGUGGACAAAGUUGGGUCUCUUUCGUGCUGUCUGAAGAGGCCCCCAGGCCUCAGUGUUGACUGAUCUGGGGCUUACGCAUCACCAGUGAGGCCAAGCCUUCACCACAACUUGAACCACAUCCUAGAAACAAGAUGGCCAUAGAGAGACUGGCGUAUUCCUGAGCAUAUGGGGGGUGAGGCCCCGGCAGGCCCAAAGAUGGGGAACAUCACGGCAGACAACACCUCAAUGAACUGUGACAUCGACCACACCAUCCACCAGACGCUGGCCCCGGUGGUCUACAUCACGGUGCUGGUGUUGGGCUUCCCGGCCAACUGCCUGUCCCUCUACUACGGCUACCUGCAGAUCAAGGCCCGGAACGAGCUGGGCGUGUACCUGUGCAACCUGACGGUGGCCGACCUCUUCUACAUCUGCUCCCUGCCCUUCUGGCUGCAGUACGUGCUGCAGCACGACCACUGGUCCCACGACGACCUGUCCUGCCAGGUGUGCGGGAUCCUGCUCUACGAGAACAUCUACAUCAGCGUGGGCUUCCUCUGCUGCAUCUCCAUCGACCGCUACCUGGCCGUGGCCCACCCCUUCCGCUUCCACCAGUUCCGCACCUUGAAGGCCGCCAUGGGCGUCAGCGCGCUCAUCUGGGCCAAGGAGCUGCUGACCAGCGUCUACUUCCUCAUGCAUGAGGAGGUGGUGGAGGACGCCGACCGGCACCGCGUCUGCUUUGAGCAUUACCCGCUGGAGCCGCGGCAGCGCGGCAUCAACUACUACCGCUUCCUCGUGGGCUUCCUCUUCCCCAUCUGCCUGCUGCUGGCCUCCUACCGGGGCAUCCUGCGGGCCGUGCGCCGCAGCCACGGGACCCAGAAGAGCCGCAAGGACCAGAUCCAGCGGCUGGUGCUCAGCACCGUGGUCAUCUUCCUGGCCUGCUUCCUGCCCUACCACGCGCUGCUGCUGGUGCGCAGCCUCUGGGAGUCCAGCUGCGACUUCGCCAAGGGCAUCUUCAACGCCUACCACUUUUCCCUGCUCCUCACCAGCUUCAACUGCGUGGCCGACCCCGUGCUCUACUGCUUCGUCAGUGAGACCACGCACAGGGACCUGGCCCGCCUCUGCGGGGCCUGCCUGGCCUUCCUCACCUGCGCCAGGACCGGCCGCGCCCGGGAGACCUACCCGCUGGGCGCCCCCGAGGCCUCUGGGAAGAGCGAGGAUCCCGAGGGAGCCUGCUGUGAUUGCCGAGUCCAACAGGGCUGCUGGCCAAGCGUGGGGAUGAGCCUUGACAGCACGUGGGGGUCAUCUGCUGCUGGUGGGAAGAAGACCUGGUCACCUCCAGGAGGUUUUCAGAGGAGCUCGUGGGGGAUCAGAGUGUGAGCCCGUGGAGAGAGGGGCCUGGGAGAUGACGGGGGUACCCAGGUGCCCACCUGCCGGGGCCUUCCAACGCCAGAGGUGACGCUUGUCCCAAUGCCCUGGUGUGAUCUGAGAAGAGGACGCAGGAAGGUGUGUUAUCAUCCUUACCACUUGAGCCCCACCCCGUGGAGGUUGGAUGGGGAGAAGGAACGUGGGGAGGGGUUGAGGCACUGAGAGUGUGUGUGGCGGGGACGGUGGGGGCGAGACAGGCAGAGGAGAGACCCCAGGUCCAGCCAACUCACAGUUUUCACGGGCAGGGAGAUUCGAGCGGAUUCUCCAAGCCCCAGCACUGAUGCACGACCAAUCCUAGGGCUCCGUGGGGCUCUGGGGGGUGAUGUCUAUAAUCCUUUAAAGUCAGCACUGAAGUUCAAAUGUCAGGCCAGAGGCCUAAAGCAGUGUGUUCAACCGAGUUCCCGAAAGAUUGCUCCCAGUUCAACUUCUGUUGCUGUCUGCCCCAAAGUAUACAAGACCCAGAAGUCUGGGACUCUGUGUGUGUGUGUGUGUGUGUGUGUGUGUGUGUGUGUGUGUGUGUGUGUGUGUCCGUGGUUAGAAUGCCAGGUCUCCAUGACAGCUCUGCUCCGAGACACUGAGGCUCACUGAGGUCACAGGACGGCUGGUAGUGUUAGCUGCCAUGGACACAGACUAGGGUGCCUAGCAGUCUUUGAGAGGAGCAUGACACUCUCCCCAAGUUCUUAGAUGGAGCAAAACAAACAAGAGAUGAAUUCUCUGGCAUCUUUCAGCCCAAAGGGCUGGGGUGAAGCUCCACUGUGGUUUAAAUAGCCCCUGUGCCAAAGAGAGGAAAAGGCCCUGGGCUUGCCUUGCCUCCUUGGUCCUCCAUCCCCACUCCUCUACCCAGAUGUUCCCCCUCACCCACCUGGAGAGUGACAGGAUGGCCCAUUGGCUACAUGUUGUCUCUUGUUCUGUCCUAGAAGACUGGUUACAGGGCUCCUCUCUCCUGCAGCUUCCCACCCAGUCAUGUUAAGCUCCUGCCUGGGGAAUAUACCAAGGACCAGAAGAGCAUCUUGCUACUCCAGGGAGCUGCCCACCUUUGAGAAAUGCUAGCCCUUUAGAUUUCCUGGUCAGUGGACUGGCACCAGUUCUGACUUCCUUCAGAGACCUGGAAUCUGAGCUCUUACAGCCAAGGAUCUUGGUGGGCGCAAACCUGGGGAGGGACCAGGGAUGGGAAGAUAGAAACUGGUAUCAGUGGGACAUUUCUGGAAUCUGCUGAAGAGGGAUCACAGAGAACAUCUUCAGUCUCUCCUUGUGUCUCUCUUCCCCUCUCCCAGAGAUAGAUCCACCCCGAGUUUCUUAACCCUCUCUUCAGAGGCAUCCAGAGGCUGAUAGCCCAGGCUGGAUGUGCCCUAAGGAAGUGGGCUUCCAAGUCUACACUUGAUUCUGACUGUGUGUAAUCUCUGCCCUAGCUCCUUCUGGAGGUUCUUUCAUAACCUGGGGAGGUUCUCUUCCCCUUCAUAGAGGAGGAAGUGACCGGGUCUGAAGGUGGAAAAAAUGACCAUACGGCUAAGAAAAACCCAGGAUCUUAUAGAGACAAUGGCACUGGUUGAGCCCUCCAUGCCUCCCCAUUUCAAAUUUCCUCCUAUUUUGAUCUUAAACAUGGGCAUUCCCACUGGGAUAAACUGGCAUGAGCUGAAGGCAGUUUCAUUUAUUAUCAAGAGUUGUAUUUUUGUAUUGUCCUUUCUUUUAUGCCAAGUAUACAUGUGUUGGACCAUGCAGUGGAUUUAUGUAGCAAACUUGAGUCUGCAAAUAAAAACCUAACCAGGCACA